UAAGCUGAUGUGACAUGCCUUCCUUUCCGAUAUUUCUGCGAAAGCUCAGGAGGGAGGCUGAGCACCUCUCUUCUUCUUCCUCUUCUUCUCACAGCCGUAGCCGUGACAGUUCAUGUUCUUCUGUUAGAAGUUUUUGCUGCACCUAUGGUUGGAGACGCUGCCACUCUGGGAGCCAUGAAUCGCUGUUGUGUGGUCAAAGUGAUCACCAUGACUGAGAUACAACUUCUAAAGGUACAGAGCCACCUGGAGAACUCCAAGUACCACCUCCACCAGACCCAGAAUCAGCAGGUCAAGCAGUACCUGACGCUGGGCUCCAAGCUGCCCUCUUCGACCGGGCAGGGCCACGCUAUCCCACACCCCCACGCCCAGGGCCAGUCGCUGGCCACCGUGCCCAUCAUGAGGAACGGACACAUGCCCUCCGUGAGCGACGGCAGCAACCCAAACAGCCCCGUUACCCUCCUCAAUAUGGCCAAUCAUGACAGCGAGUUUCCAAUGGAUGAAGUUAUUGAUGACCUAAUCAGUCUUGAAUCCGGUUUCAAUGACGGAGGCUUGGAUUGCAUGGAGUCUAACCUUAUGAUGCAAAACAAUGAGUCCCUCAGUGGCAGCAUGCUGGAUCUCUAUGGGGGUGAACAAGAACUUGACACAAGAGGGAUGGCGAAAGAGAGACAGAAAAAAAACAACCAUAAUCUGAUCGAAAGAAGGAGAAGAUAUAACAUCAACUACAGGAUCAAGGAGCUUGGGACGCUCAUACCAAAGUCGAAUGACCCAGACAUGCGCUGGAACAAAGGCACCAUCCUGAAGGCCUCGGUGGAGUACAUAAAGUGGCUGCAGAAGGAGCAGCAGCACGCUCGGGAGCUGGAGAGCCGUCAGAAGAAGCUGGAGCAAGCCAACAGGAGACUUCUGCUGAGGAUCCAGGAACUUGAGAUCCAAGCACGAGCACAUGGCCUCCUAAACAUGUCUUCAGCGUUGGGGACGGUGGAGCUGUCCUCUCACCUCCUGAAGCAGCAGCAGCAGCAGACGUCUCCCCAGGCCCAGCAGCCCCCCAUCUACCAGGAGGACCCUAACAGCGACUACCUCCAGAGGCUAGGGGGUCUUCCUGCCACCAUCCCCAAUGCCGCCGGGCCCCAGGACCACAUCCAGGGCGCAGACGGCUGCCCCACCUUCUCCGACCCGCUGUCCCACUUCACAGACUUCUUCAGCUCCACACUGAAGGAGGAGCACCGGCUGGACGAGAUCCUGAUGGACGACCCCCUGUCCCCCUUCGGCACCGACCCCCUCCUCUCCACCGGAUCACCGGGAGCCGGGUCCAAAGACAGCAGCCGCCAGAGCAGCUUCAGCUCUGGGGAGGACGAAGAACUAUAGGUGCCUCUCUACAGGAACUCUCUUCACUGCAGUAAUCCCCAGUGGGAAAGGCCAUUUAAAGACAAUACUGACCUCUCACUGGGUCCUUUAAAGGUCACCUAUCAUGCUAUAUUUAGGCAAUAGCAUAGGUCUCAGAUAUAUAAUUAAAAAAACAAAACAUGUCUAGCACUUUGAAUUGUCGCGUACAGAAAAGUGCUAUAUAAAUAAACUUGCCUUGCCUUGCCUAUGAAGUGUUUUGGUCAAAAAACCAAACAGAUCACCCAUUCUAGCCAUGCCUCAUAUCCAUCUAUUUCUCUUCCUGUUACAAAAGUGCUUAUUCUGGGUAUGAACAGGUCUCUCUUGAGAAUGAGACCCCGUGUCUCAAUGAGAUUUUCACCUGUAUAAAUAAAGGCUAAACAUUUUUAUUUUUUUUAAAACUGAAAAAUAAAAUGGGGGCGGGGCUUAUGCCGGCUCACCUGGCAGAUACUGUCUAAAAUGCUGCGGUGAUGAAAUACAAGGAUUAUUAGAUCAAGGAUUAUUUCUGAAACAGUCUGGAGCUCAAAGGCUUUCUCUCUUGCCGGUUAUACCACAAGUUGAAUUCCUUUUUAUUUCCUGCUUCUUCUCACACAUGCUCUCCAGUACAGGUUAGCUCUGAGUGUUAGCGAUGCUAAUGUAAACACCGACCAUAUUACGUCCAAAACAGUCGGGCUGCUCCUGUUCCUCCAUCAGCUCUUUUUUGUAUACUUUGUACAGACAAUGUUUCUCUGCCUCCCACAUAGAGCGGGAACAGACUCACAAGAAAAAGGGAGUCAUGUAUCAGCCUUUAAUGUAAAUAACUACUGUUUUUAAAAACACUGUGGUAGCUGUACACUGUAAAUAUGCAAAGUAAUCACUGGAAAAC